AUGUCUACCGAAGUCAUACUCCCCCAUUCGGCCGCCUCGCCCUCCCUCGACCCCACUACCUCUCCGGGACCAUUCGAGGGCCCCGAGAAGCUCUUGGAAGUCUGGUUCGCCCCGUCUGCGGACGCCCUCGGACCGAACGCUGUUGCGUCUAGCAGUUCUGGACCUCGGAGGCGAGCAGGUGAUAAAGAAUGGAAGGGGCUCAGACAGGUGCCGAGGGAGGUAUGGGAGGAGAUGUUGGAUAUUGUCAAGUGCAAGGUGUUGAGCUUGGUGGAAGGGGAUGAGAUCGAUGCGUACCUGCUUAGCGAGUCAUCAUUAUUCGUGGCACCGCAUCUCAUCAUCCUCAAGACGUGCGGGACGACGCUCAACCUGCUGGGUCUGCAUCGGAUCAUCGAGAUUGCGAGGGAGUAUUGCGGGUUCACCAAUAUCUGGCGGUGUUUCUACUCCCGAAAGAGCUUCUUCUUCCCCGAACGGCAGAGCGGGCCACACAAGGACUGGCGAGACGAGGUGAACUUCCUUGAUGGCAUCUUUGGCUCGGCAGGUACCGCCUACAUUGUCGGCCCAAUGAACAGGGACCACUGGCUUCUAUACCUCACGUCUCCUAAUACCGAGCCCCUCCUCCCUUCGUCCUCUUCUUCCUCGUCGCCCGAACGACCUCGCCUCUCCCUCCCUUCCCCAUCCCACACACCCACCACCACCUCCGCCAAGCUAGUCUACGAAGACACGACGCUCGAGAUCCUCAUGUCGCAUCUCCGUCCCGCCGGGCGCGAGCCCUUCUUCCCCGCCUCGUCGGCCGGUGAAGGGGGCCACGAGCUCGGUCGUCGUAUAUCCUCUCAGCUCGGUAUAGACACUCUGUUCCCAGCGGAUGAAACGACGCUGGAUUCGUUCGGAUUCGAUCCGUGUGGGUACUCGGCGAAUGCCGUGGUUGGGUCCGGGUUGCCCAGCAGCGGAGCAGAAGGGGAUGGAGGGAAGGGCGGUGGAUACUUUACGAUCCACGUGACGCCCGAAGAAGGGUGGAGUUAUGCGUCGUUCGAGUGCAAUGUGCCAUUACCUACGGCGGAGGACGACGCUUCCCCAUCGCCAUCCCCAGCGGUAUCGGUCAACGGGAAAACACCAACGGCUACGAUGACACGGCCGGACCUCCCUACACUCAUCCGCAAAGUCGUCGAUAUCUUCCAACCAAACAGGCUCAGUAUCACAUUAUUCGUUUCGACCCCUUCACCCAUGAUCGACUCUAAGACGGCGGAGAUUGAGGGUCAGGCAUGGAAGGCCUUCCGAGGGGAUAUGCUGGGCAAGGAGUUUGAGAGGAAGGAUCGGAUAGGAUACGAGUUUGUCGGGUACGAUCUGGUCUUUGCGUGCUUUGAGAGAAGGGGGUGGACCGAGCCGGCAGGCGGGAAGGCGGCGAUGGGGCUUGCGUAG